UUCCUCUCUUGGAUGGAAGGCCACCUCCCACCAGUCUUUAUUAUUUUCUCUACACCUUCACUAAGCUCCUGGUCUCUUUAAAAAGGCCAGAGCCUAUAGCAGAAUCCUGAGUUCUUUAGGUCAGCGGCCAGGAAAGCAGGCCGAUUCCCAGCAGCCCUGGCAGGAGCCCGAUCCCCAAGCCUCUUCACCCUGACAUCUGGAGAGGUACCGAUGAGUGACAUUCAGUGUGGCAAUGGCAAGUCCAGUGGGGGGGUCAAGUGUCGCAUGUCUUGGUAUGAGCGGUUUGUGCAGCCCUGCCUGGUGGAGCUGCUGGGCUCUGCCCUCUUCAUCUUCAUCGGGUGCCUGUCAGUCAUCGAGAAUGGACCAGACACUGGGGUGCUGCAGCCGGCCCUGGCCCAUGGACUGGCCUUAGGGCUCAUCAUUGCCAUACUGGGGAACAUCAGUGGUGGACACUUUAACCCUGCAGUGUCGCUGGCGGCUACAGUGAUUGGAGGCCUCAAAGUGAUGAUGCUCCUCCCUUACUGGAUCUCCCAGCUGUGUGGGGGGAUGAUUGGGGCUGCCUUGGCCAAGGCUGUCAGUAUUGAAGACAAGUUCUGGAAUGCCUCUGGGGCAGCCUUUGUGACAGUCCAGGAGCACGGGCAUGUGGCCAAGGCACUGGGGGCAGAGAUCAUCUUCACCACACUGCUGGCCCUGGCAGUGUGCAUGGGAGCCAUCAAUGAGAAGACACAGAGUCCUCUGGCUCCAUUCUCUAUCGGCUUCUCUGUUACUGUGGAUAUCCUGGCAGGGGGUGCUAUCUCCGGAGCCUGCAUGAACCCUGCUCGUGCCUUUGGACCUGCUGUAGUGGCCGGCUACUGGAACUUUCACUGGAUCUACUGGCUGGGCCCACUCCUGGCUGGCCUGCUUGUAGGACUGAUCAUUAGGCUCCUCAUUGGAGAUGGGAAAACUCGCCUAACCCUAAAGGGCCGAUGAAGCAGAGCUGGUGGGGUUCCUGCUUCCCUGGCCCUCUCAGCUACCCAACCCUUGGCUGAGGACAGGAAUCUGCAUUUCUGGCAAGGCAAAGGCCCACAGAAGCAACUGACCUGUUUCUUUGGAUUUGGGUUUGGCUUAUUAGACAGACAAGCUGCCAUGAAGUCCUAAGGAGGCUCUGGGUCUUGAAAUACUUCUAUGCUAAUCGCAAGCCUCAGCCUAGAGAACAUAUUGUCAGAACCACCCAGAAAGAGGUGGAAACGGCAUAGUAAAGGAGGUUUUCCUUGAGAGGGAAGGUCUCAGGAGCAGAACAGUGGGAAGAGGUGGAGGUCUAUGUACAUUAGCUAGAUUCUCCUAUCUCACAUCCCACUCCUCUCUUUUUUCGGUGCAGGGAUCCAACUCAGAGUUUCAGACAUGCCAGAUAAGUGCUGCGCUUCAUCAUUGAGUCAUAUCCUAGCCCUCAACAUCCCUAUCUUUGCCCUCUGUUGUUCUUUGAUUCCUGUUAUAGAAAAGCCUUCUGGACCUUGAUCACCUCAUUGCUUCCCAAGCUGCCAAUCUAACUUCAUAAUAAACAAUCUAACAUUC